CCAAUCUAUGCUUCCUGGCUCAGUGGUUUAAGAGGGUGUGAACACUUUUUCUUCACAGUUAAAACAAAAGCACCAGCUGGAAGAGUGUCUUUGGAGUAAAUUUGAGAAAUCUACAACUUGUUGAAAAGAAGGUCUUGUUGGUACCUGCACCCCAGAACCUCUUGAAAGAACAUGGCUGGCCUUCCGGACAACACUCUGAGGAUUGUUCUGGUGGGGAAAACUGGAAGUGGGAAAAGUGCAACAGCAAACACCAUCCUUGGAAGAAGAGAAUUUGUUUCUAAAAUUUGUGCCCAUGCUGUUACCAAGGAAUGUCAGAAAGCAGAGCGAUAUUGGAAUGGGAGGAAACUUCUUGUCGUGGACACCCCAGGGAUGUUUGACACCAAGGAGAAACUGCAGACCACCUGUGAGGAAAUCAGCAGGUGUCUCUGCUUCUCCUACCCUGGGCCUCAUGCCAUCAUCCUGGUACUACCGCUGGGCCGCUACCGGGAGGAGGUUCAGAAAACAGUUGCAUUGAUCAAGGCCAUCUUUGGAGAGGCAGCCAUGAAUCACAUGAUCGUCUUGUUCACUCGCAAAGAUGAUUUGGGUGAUCAGACAUUGCCUGAGUUUGUAGCAUCAUCAGAUGUAAAACUGCAAAGUAUCAUCAAGGAGUGUGGGAACCGCUGCUGUGCCUUCAAUAACAAGGAAAGGGCAGAUGAGGCUGAGAAGGAAGCUCAACUGCAGGAGCUGGUGGAGCUGAUAGAGGAAAUGGUGCGGAAAAACAGAGGGGCUCACUUUUCUGAUGCCAUAUACAAGGACACAGGUGAAAAGCUGAAGAAAAUCUAUGCUGAGCAAUUGGAGAUGAAAAUUAAACUAACAGAAGAGCAAUGUGAUCAGGGAAAAAUAUCACAGGAAGAAAAAGAGGAAAAAAUAAAAGUCCUAAAGAUGAAGUAUGAAGAACAAAUUAAAAAUAUAAGGGAACAAGCUGAAAGGAAUAUAUUUGUAAAUAUUGUACAAAGGAUUUGGAAUAUGCUUUCAAAUCUAUGGCAUAGCAUUUUCAAAUAGUGUAAAUUUUAUAUUUUUCUUUUUAAUUUGCAUUUAUUUGUUACUAUGGUAGAUUGUAUUUUCAAAAAAUGGUUAUAAAAGUAUCUUCUAUCCCACCUAUUCUUCUUAUAAUCUUAGCAUGCUUUUCCUUUUGAGUUAUAUGGGUCUGUGCCACUGCCUUGUAAUUCCAUGGAAAUUGUUACUGCUUUGGCAAAUAGUGGAUGGCUGUGACUUCUAAAGUUAGAUAGGGAGGAUGCCUCCUUGCUCUCUGGAGUAUGUGCCCUUGGCCCUUACCCACCAUGUGGUGAGGAAGCCCAAGUUGUCCAUUGAGUCCACAUGAAGAGGACAUGAAAUCACUGGCUCACUCCCCUGGCUGCUCUUUCAUCUGCCAGCAGAAACAACUUGCCAGCCAUGCAAGUGAGGCUACAUGGAAGCAUAUUCUCCAGCUGCCACCCGAGCCACCUCAGAUGAAGCUGCAAAGAGCAAAGAUGGGCCACCCCCACUGCAUCCUGCCCAGGUUUCAAGAGAAAAACAAAUGAUUGUUGUUGCUUUAAACCAAUAGGCUAUGGGAUGGUUUGCUUUGCAGUGACAGCUAAACAGAAGCAUCCUCCCAUCAUUCCCCACCAAUCCCCACAAUGACAACAAACUGAAGAAGUUAGAAAAUUGGCAUAAUAAUGGAAUAAUAUAUUAGGGAGAUUUCACAGGCUCAAUUUAAGCCAAUUCAAAUGAGAAAUCCUUCAUAUAUCAGUGUUAGCACCACUGGUGAUGCACAUUAUUUUCGUCCAUGUCUCUGAGCCCCUUGUUAGUGAAGCAGCAGGCUUCUCCAGCAAGAUGGUUCUAUUGUCCACAUGAGGCAGGAUAAUAAGAAGCUAGGAAAUUUCCUGGGCACGUGGGGAAUCUGAGACAAGAAAAUUACACAAGGUCAGUCUAUUUGGGUGUCUUGCAGCCACCUUGUGAAUCACAAAACUUUAUCUUCACCAACCAAGGACACUUGAGAGCAAAUGGUUUAUAUUCUUCUCCCUAACCAGAAGAUACAUAGCUUACAUCACCCUGGUCUGGGAAGUAGAGCACAAAGACCCAAUUAAGGCCAUUUGUGCCAGCUAAACCCAAGGGUAGAAGAAGUCAGGGAACAAAUAACAGAAACCCAUUAAAGCCAGACAGACCUAAGAUAGAAGUAAAACAAAUGAAAGAAUAAUUCCAAACUCACCCAUACACUCAUUUUAAUGCAUCAGCAUAUUAAAAAUGCACCUGAAAAGCUGGGGGAAAAAAACAAA